UGUGACACUACAUUCACCAUGUUCCCCUUUAACACGUGCAGCUGAUGACGCCACCCGCUGUUCAACAAGCAGCACAACAAGGAAGUGUUAGCGUCUCCAGUUCAACCCGUUUGGACGGAACGAUUGUACGAGCAGAUGUUUACCUUGUAGCACAGGAUGCCUGUUGAAAUAUCGGAGGAGAGGACAGUGGAGGUGCUGGCGCUGCCGGCAGACGUGGAUGAGGAGCUUCUCAUCCUGUACUUUGAGAAUAAGCGCCGCUCCGGGGGAGGUCCACUCGUCUCUGUGGAGAAGACGGGUGACCGUGCCAUACUGGUGUUUGAAGAGGCAGAAGCUGCAGCCCAAGUGCUGUCUAAAGGGCACCACGUUCUGCAUAAUGUCGAGCUGAGUGUGAGAAAGCCUGCCUCAAAGGACCGAUGUAGACUGCUGCUGCAGGGGAUCAACCCCAACACCAGCACUGAGAUGAUAGAGCUCUAUGUGGAGAACAUGAUGGGGUUAAACGUGUGUGACUACGCUCUGUAUCCCUCACCGGGGAGAGAUUUCAUCCUCAUUCACCUCAGCCAACCCUUCUCAAAAGAUUUCCAAAACUUUAGUGCUAAAAUCUCCAAGAGGACGCUUGAUGGGGCCAAGGUAACUCUUGAACAGAUCGAGCAAACUGACUCCAUCUUAGUGGAGAACCUGCACCCUGGCACCACUCCAGACCUGCUCGCUUCGUACUUUGAGAGCAAGGGAGGUGGGAAUCAGAAGGUGAAGGUCACAAUGCUUUCAGAGGGUACAGCCAAGGUGUCCUUUGUCAAUUAUGAAUGUAAGUUUUGUAUUAUACAGCCUAUAACACUCUUUUGUUGUUUCAUUGUUUCUUUAAUAAACAAAAUGUCUGUAUUUCUUUUAACAGCUGUGGGCCAUGUCCUGGAUCACCCUCACAAACUGGACGGCGCUGAUCUUGCAGUGAUGCCAUACUUUGACUUUCUUCAACCUACAGAAAGAUUAACAUCCCAAGACUCUGGAAUUGGAAGUCAAAAUAUGACUGAGAGGAACUCAGAGGAUCCGAGUGAUUUUCAGAUGCACACCAGUCCUCCCAUGGUGGUUGAUGCAAACAGCCAGUCCUCCUCUCAGACGUCCUCAGAGCCUCUUGCUGCCAUAGCAGUAGAAGAGGCGGCAGAGGAAGUCAUGGAGGUUCGAACAGAGGACGAAGAUACUACACUAUCAAGCCAUAUUGCUAUUGCUGACCCAGAAAAACUUGCUUUGUUUCAGCUCAGCACCUUUCAACAGGACACUGAAAAGGCUCACCCAAAUUUCACCAUUCAAGUCAAAGACAACGGUGUGCACAUUGCAGGAAAUGACAGACAAAAGUUUGAGCAGAUAAAACACACCAUCUUGGACUUUUUUGGCAAAAUGGCUGAGACUCAUUUCUCCCUUGAGCCAGAAAAGGCUCAGUUCCUUGCAAGAAAAGAUGUAAAAAAGCAGCUACUGCAAACCAUGAAUCAAACUGGGCCACCUGCUAUGUACACUGUAUCAGACUGUAAUGUUGUGGUAACCUCCCUAUCUCAGAACUCUGCUAACCAGGCAUGUAGCUUUUUGAAAUCCCAGCUGUGUCACUUCAGCAUACCGCUGAACACAGAAUAUGAAGGCAUGUUAUACUGCAGAGAAUGGUCUGAGUUCCUGCAGGGUCUGGGUUUCUCCUCUGCAAAGUUGUCAGAACAAGGAGGGAAUGUUGAUGUGUUGACUCUGAAAGGGAUGGAGAGUGAGAAGCAGACUGCGAUCCUGCAGUUUCUUACUACACCCAUUGAAAGGGAGACGGUCAUCUCCAUGGAGCCAGGCAUGCUGAAAUACAUCCAGAUCCAUUGUCAUCAGCUGUUGGCUGACAUGGACCAAGUGUCUAUUUUUCCACUAGAAGCAGAGGACGUUUGUGGGUUAAAGAUCCAUGGCCAUGCUAUUGCUUGUCAAAUGGCUGAGGAGGUGUUGCAAGGUGUGGUGUCCUCCAUCUGCACCAGAACCAUCACAGUAAACGUUCCAGGAGUGACCCGGUUUUUAGGUGAUGAGGAGUGCAAGAGCAUCCUGAAGGAGAUGGAGACAAAGUUUCAAGUUUAUAUCAGCCCAAAGCAGAUGCCCUGGCAACCUCUGCCACACCAGGACAUUUUUGAAACUGCAUGGACAAUGAUGUCCCGCAAAAACUUCCAGAAAAUGUCUUUGGAUGAUUCUGCACAGGAGUUAAAAUCCGAUUCAUUGCAAACUGAUUAUAAUGGAGCUGCAGACAGAGGCCUUUUAGAUGAGGCAAAGAGAAUCGUCUCAGCCAUUGAUGAAAGACUCGAGAAGGUGUGUGUGUCCAAUUCAGACCAAGUUGAUGACUUGGAUAACUUGGACCUGUACACAGCAGAGGAACUGACCAGCCUGACAGACCAGGACUCUAAUAUGACAGCUGUCAAUGCUUCCCAGCCGUCAGCUGAAGUAAACACUACGAGUGGGUUACUCCUGAUGAAUGACAGAGCUCUGGGCCUUUCUAGCGACCUCGAAGAAGAGGCCCAACUGUCCCUAGCCAUCCAAUACUCUAUGGAGUCAAGCCAUUGGUCCCUGGAAGAGGAGGAGGAACAGCUGCAAAAAGCCUUGGAGCUGUCCAAGAAUAUGAUCCAACAUGAAGCCUCUUCUAGUAGUACUGACAAGAGCCCCCAGGUGGGCAUGCUAGGGAAGGGCAUCGAUAUUUCCUUAGAAGACACCAUCAAGGCAGCCAACACUGUACAGAUAGUUGUGUUUGCAGGUUAUAGCUGUGACCUGAUUCGGGUAGACAUAGCCUUCGGGAAAAAGGUCAACCAGAGACAGGUCGAGGAGAAACUGGAGCACAGGAGUGUGAAGAACAUGUCCGAGUACCACAGUAAGUGUCUGGAGAUGAUCAAGAGGAAGCACGCAGUCGAGAUUCAGAUUCAGGGCACCAUAAUCACUGUUUCUGGCUUCAAAGACUUUGUGACCGGAGCACUGUGUGACGUGAAGCUGCUGCUGGAGAAAAUCUCCAAUUCUGUAUCCGACCGGGAAAUCCUGAGGGCUGUCCAGUGGGUGCAUCAUGACCCAACCUCUUCAGACACGACUCCUUAUUCACCUGAUGCUACAGUAUUCAUCGAGAAUGCUUGGAGGAUGAAGCUGAAAAAGGUUGAUAUCUUGCUAGACAAUCAGCCCCACAUCAUAAACUUUGAGAAGAUGCAAGAAUACAACAUAGCUUCAGGGAAAUCUGUGAAAGUCUCCAGGAAGUUGCUCGAUUUAGGGGAUUUGAAUGAGGAUGUAUCAGAAGAGGAAUACUCUCUGCUGUCAACCCUGCCUGAAGCAACCAAAGUCGACGAGGAAUCUGAUGAAUUUCAGAAUGUGGUGAAGAAUUUCUAUGAGACCAUACAGGAAUACCACAGCAAAAUCAGAAUCAUACAGGUGGAGAAGCUCAUGAAUCGACUGCUGUACAAUCAGUACAAGUUGAAGAAGGCAAGCAUACUACAGCGUGCCCUGUACCCGGAAAUUGAACGGACUCUCUACCACGGCACAAGUGAGAAGAGUGUGAAAGAGAUCUGCGUUCAUGGAUUCAACAGAAGCUUCUGUGGAAAGAAUGCCACCGUCUAUGGUCAGGGAGUGUAUUUUGCUGUCAACUCUGCGCUGUCUGUCCAGGAUCAGUAUUCUCCCCCAAACGCAGACGGACACAAGUUUGUUUUUGUAUCACGGGUUCUAACCGGAGACUUCACUAAAGGCUGCCAUUCGAUGAAGGCGGCCCCGCUGAAGGAGACCGGUGAUAUUCCCCUCAGAUACGACAGCGUGACUGACGACAUCACCAAGCCGUCAAUGUUUGUCAUAUUCAACGAUACGCAGGCUUUUCCUGAAUAUCUCAUUACAUGCCAGAGAAUCCACCGCUGAAGAAACGGAUUAGUCAUCACAUAAUAACCAUGAAAUUUGGAGAAAAGGACUGUUUGUUUUAAUGUUUCUGCCUUAAUUUAAAAAAAAAGUGCAUUUGAAUUAUAAAGGGCUGUAGUAGUGUACAGUUGGUAUUUUUUCUUUCAUGAUCAAAAUUUCAUCAAGUACUUUGCUGUUGACUGAUCAGCUGCUCCACUUUUAGUUCUUCAGUUUGGUCAAGUCUGAUCAAGAGAAACUCAGUCAGCUGAACCCCAAAAGCCCACUUUUAAUUAAGUAACUUAAAACAUGCCCCUUCAACACAAUAAGGCUCACUGUGCCGUGUCUUUAAAUAGGUGUGACUCAGCAGUUACUGCAUGGCAUAUCACUUGUAAUAGUCAGUUUGGCAAUUGUUAGGAUUGCUCACACACUCCAAUGUUUAUUGUCCUUGCUUAAACUUGUAAGCAUACAAAAUACAUUGUAUUUAUAAAUAAAUGAUCGGCUACACAUAGUUCUUGAUUUUCCUAAAUACAGGUAACUAUUAUGUGAAUAUAACUGACCCUUUUGAUUUGUAAUUCUUUAGCCUGCCAACAGUGCUGAAUAUGCUGUCUAACUGUAAUUACCAGAAUUAAAGAAAGUUUGAUUUGACCUGAAAAUAUAGCCUAUAUUUCCUUUUGGGUUCAGUUAUUUGAGUUUCCCUGAAGUGACUCUGUAGUGUUCAGGUUGUGCAAGUUUUUCUUUUGGUCAUAUGAGAAUAGUUAAAAUAACUCUGAGAAUAGCUCCUAAGUGUAUUUACAGCAACUACCUGGUAUGUUAGAAAAGCAGCAGUUCCAGGUCCACAACACUACCACGAAGUAUGUAAUUAUAUAAUUAAUUAUGUAAUUGAAGUGAUCACCAUGUCCACAAAAAGAAGGAAAAUUAAACCUUGGUUGAAAAUAACCAGAAUUAUACUUUAUCAUAAUGCAGCUAAUUAGGAUUUAGGAUUUUUGCUUAAGAUUUAAGUAAUUUUUAAGCUAUCUAUACUCCAUUGUAAAUUUCAAGCCUAUCUAUCACAUCUACUGUGCAGUUCAAAGGAAUGUGUGUUAUUAUUUUAAUAAAACAAAAUAACCUGUGAGUUAAGCCUUGUGUACCGGAGUUGCAAAAAGUGAUGGGUCUUGAUUCCCUAUUCCUUACUUAGUGCGGUGAAAACAGGCUGCGGAAUCUGUGGACAUCAAUAUUUGUUGUUUGGGUUUGUUUUGUUUUUUUUCAUCAAUGAGGCACUCUGAUCACAAAUCCUUUUUGUGAUGUCUGUGACUACAGUCCGGGAAUGUGUUUACUAAAGCAAUUUUGAUUACACUUACACUUUUUUGUUUAUUACAAAUAAUGUAAAAGCAGUAGUUUUUUGUUUUGUUUUAGAAAACAAAAAUUAAGAAUGUGCAGUCUUAAGAAACAUCAUUAUUAUUUUUAAGAAAAAUAAAGCUUCUUAAAACGAGGAACCAUUAGGAGUUUCUUGGGAACAAUUUUUGGGAUCAGCCAUUGGUGAGCUUCAAGCUGAAUUUGAUCUAGAGCUCUUGGCCUACUAUGCUGUCAGUCGUAUUUUCUAAAAAUGUCUUGGCUAGUGUGUAGAAUAUUUUCUCAGGAGGCUGUAGGGUAAAGGUUCUGCACUUAGCACUUAGCCACAAAAACAGGGAAAAAAGUAACAUGCAGUAGUCAGCUACCAACCUGUUUGGUCCCUCUAUAUUGCAGAAGUAGAAUUCAACUGUAAAUGUAACGCUGUACUGGGCCUGUUGUCUCACUUCUGUUAUGAUGUUUUUCAUUUGAUGUGAUAUUUUUCCGCACUAAAACAAGCUCUAAAUAGGAUUGAAGUUGGGUUAAGAAUUUGCUAUUGUAAUCCAGCUUUUCCACCUAUGUAUUUUCUGUUAAAAAAAAAAUGAAACUGAGCGUCAUUUGUGCACAACAUUGUUGUCAAGGUUGCCCAAAAUUUUGUUCUAGAUAACAGUUACACUUUUUAUUAAAUUGCAACUGAUUCUUUCAGGGAUUGUAACAGAAGGAAAUGAAAUACAAUGUAAUCAUUUAAAGAGUAAUUUCUGGAUAUUUUGUCCUGCUAAAUUGUAGCAAAUAACCUGAGACUAAACUACCCCUGCUUUUUCUAAGGACCCCUGGACUCAAAGGAACCUGGUGAACUGUACCCCUUUGUUUAAAACAAUCUGGGGAAUUUUGCUUUGAAUAAUGUAAUAAACCAGAGAUAGUAAAA